AUGAGCACACCAUCCUUUCGCUCGCUGGUCUGCUCCCGGGCCAGGCCAGAGCUCCUCAAGACGGGCCAGGCUCUCGGCAACUACUUUCGCGAGUUUUCCACGACACAAUCGCUCGCCGACAAUGCCACCGCCCCCCCAAGCGGUCGCGGUAACAACGACAGCAACGGCCGAGGACAAGGCAACGCCCGCGAGCGCGGCCGCGCCGCCGUCUCCGCCAUCAACAACAUGAUGAGAGGCCGUGGAAAGUCUGUCGCCGGCCCUAAACCCGAAGGCGGUGCUCCUCCCGCCGGUGCUGGUGGCCCCAAGGUCCUCGACGUCCGCAGCCUGCCCAGGGGCCUGACGCGAGGGCGCGGCGGUUUUCGCGGAUCCAGCAGCGGCGGCUCGACGGGUCCGGCGGGCGUGAAUCGAUUCGCGGCGCAGGGCAGAGGCGGUGGUAGUGGAGGAGGACGCGGCGGCUUCCGGGGACGAGGGGGCGCUGCUAGUUCCCGCGGACGAGGUGGCCGAGGCGGCCGAGGCGGUCGCGGCGGCGGCCGUGCAGAAGAUGGUGAGAAGAGAGACGGCGGUGGCCGCAGAAAGGGUGGCGGCCCGGAAGCGGAUCCCUACGCGGUCAUGGACGAGGCCGAGACGGCAUUUGACAUGGCGAUUCGGUUCCGCCAGCCCACACCGUACGAACCGACGCUCGACGUCGACGGGCUGCUCGCGCAUGCGCCCGCCGUGCCAACCAGCGUCGCCGGCCGCCGCGCCGCGGUGCUAGGCAGUCUGCAGGCCAUGGGUGGCGGCACGGGCGACUCCAUCGGCGCGCCGAACGGCUACCUGCCCAGCGCGGUCGACGGCCGCGUUCAGCAGGACGGGCUCGCCUUUUUUGCGACGCCCGCGGCGCGAGGCUGGGCUGAGGAGCAGAUCCAGGCCAAGCAGCGCGAGGGUGGUGCGGACGCUGCGACGACGACGACGACGACGACGACGACGACCGCGUUUGCGACGGUGGGCGAGGCGGUGCAAAAGGUGGUGGUCGAGGCCGCGGUGGCUGGCGCGCACGAGACGCCCCGGUUCGCGACCGACGUGCACGGCAUCGUGCGCGCGCAACACCUGCGCUCUGGCAGCUACGGGCCUGCCGCCACGGCCAUGUUCGAGAAGAAGCUGCGAAGCCUCGUGGGAGAGCCGAAGCUGGCUGCUGUGGAGUCAGAGAGGGCCAAGGAAGCAAAGGCUUGA